AUGAAUGAAACAAAUUCUUCUGGUUCGUUAAACGUUGUAGGCCAUGAAAGACUUCCGGACACUGCUCAUUAUGUUUUUGGAGUUUCGUUUGUCAUCUUUAAUGUGACAGCUACCAGUGGUAAUAUUAUGGUCCUCUCCGUGUUCUUCAGGAGUGACAAGCUACGAUCUGCGAACUGUUUCCUGGUGGCUUCUGUCUGCUUUGGUGACUUGUUGAUGAGUUCUGUGGGUUUAACAAUGCUUAUCAUUUCUAGUUUUGCCACACACUGGAUCUUAGGAGAAACUGCCUGCACAGCAUACGGAACUUUGAUGACCUUUCUAGGUCUUUCACAAAUCACAUUACUUGCUGCUAUUGCUUACACACGAUACCUCUUAGUUGUCCAUAACAACUGCAUCAAGCCCUUAAUCGCAAAAAUCAUCGCCAUGUCUUCGUAUGUCUAUGCCUUGGGAUUCUCUCUUGCUCCUGUGUUUGGGUGGAGUUCAUUUGUAGUGGAACCUAUCGGAACUUCGUGUGGCCCAAAUUGGGUUGGGAUUGACUUGAAAGAUGUCAGUUAUAACAUGACUCUGCUGAUCCUUUGCUUUUUGAUGCCACUGUCAAUAAUAUUGUUUUCAUAUUCUAAAGUGUACAUAAAGGAAGAAUUCUAUGAAGAAGUCGGUAUUGAAACCACUGUACAGAAGAAUCAUUUGUAG